CCUAAGGGAGACACCUGAGGACCAUGGGCUAAGCUCGCCAUCGGUUGCUACACUGAUGCCAAGUGAUCGACCUUGGUUGCAGGACGAUCAUCCCUCGGUGCACCACAAGCACCUGUAUCGGAUCGGCUGCACGAGAAUUUCAGUCGCAUCGAGACAAGGAUGCCGAAUAAACUAUUAUCCACCACAGCGUGAUAUUGAUUGUACCGAAGAGGAAUCGGGAUCGCAAGCUCACUCCAAGAUAGCUAUAUAAACCCCUUGGACAUACCCUCCCACAUACCUCUUCAGACUCCCACUCGCAUCGCAAGCAUCCUCACAUUGUCAAGCAUCUCUGCAACUCUUCUCCCGGAUUCAAUAUGCAAAUCAAGAACGUCCUUAACUUGGCCGUCGUCGGCAAUGCCCUCCUGGCCACCGCUCACCCGGGUCACCAUGAGGAGCGUGAGGCCCUUCAGCAACGCUCCUUCAAGCGCAGUGUGGCCCACGGUCUGCAGAAGUGUGAGGCCAGCCUGGAGGCCAGCGGCCUUCACGCCCGCGCCGAGGCCCGUCGCCGCGCCGUGGUCGAUAUGCACCGCCGUCAGUUGCAGGCCCGUGGCGACACCGCUGAGGUGCUGAACAAGUCGCACCUGUCCACCCGUCCCAUCUCGUCCAGCACCCCCGAGACCGAGGUCUUCAACGAUGACAAGAAGAUCUGCCUCCUCGGACCCAGCGCUGAGGGUGAAACCGGACCCUACUGGAUCCCCGGCGAGCACAUCCGCGGCGACAUCCGUGAGAACGAGCCGGGUAUUCCUGUCACCGUCGAGCAGCAAUUCAUUGACGUCGAGACCUGCCAGCCCCUCACUGGCAUCUACACCGAGAUCUGGGGCUGCAACGCCACCGGUGUCUACUCCGGCCUGGUGGCUGAUGGCAACGGUAACUCCAACGACCUGGCCAACUACAACCGCACCUUCCUCCGUGGUGUGCAGCAGACCGAUGAGGACGGUGUGGUGACCUUCAACACCCUGUUCCCCGGCCACUAUGCUGACCGCACCACCCACUACCAUAACAUUGUGCACUGGGGCGCUACUCUGCUGCCCAACAACACCCUGGCGGGUGGAUCCAUCCCCCACAUUGGCCAGAUCUUCUGGGACCAGGACAUGAUCAGCAAGGUCGAGUCCACCUACCCUUACAACACCAACUCGAUCCCCAUCACUACCAACGCAGACGACCGCGUGGUCACCGUGGAGACCGAGAACGCCGACACCGACCCCUUCCUGAACUACGUCUACCUGGGUGACUCCCUCGAGGACGGUCUGUUCGCCUACCUCACUGUUGCCGUCAACACCUCGGCCAUCCACUACCCCUACUGGACCAACGUGUACACUGCCAGUGGCGGCGAGUCUGUCUGCGGUACCUGCGAUGGUGACCCGGACGCUGUUGACGGUGGUCUCCCCACCCCCUCUGCAUCCGCAUCCGCUUCUGCUUAAACGCAAGUUGAGUCUCGACGAGGAAAGGAAUGAAAAUACCUGAAUGAUGAGUGGAUAGUUUUGUACAUUUAGACUAGAUGAUGUACCUGACGGUGCUACUUGAUAGCUCACGAAUAUGAAAGAGUUGAUUGGAUACAGCUACCCCUUCGGAAAGUGGGUGCAGGUGAGGGAUGGUCGUUAAUUCACUGGCGCGACCCAAAAUGGCUUAGUAAGUACUCUUAGAUUAUGUGACUGUCAUAUUAUCUAUAAUAAUAAUUUCAAAUCGCACCAUUUCUUUCUAUCUUCUUACUAUCUAUUAAUACUACUACUACC